AUGGGGUUUAAGCGCGGGCGCGGAGGGGGCGGGGCCAGUCGGGACCCCCCGAGCGCCGCCGCCAUGCCCGAGGCCAAGGCCGCUGCCAAAAAAGAGGCGAAAAAGGAGAAAAAAGAGAAAAAAGAAGAGAAAAAAGAGGAGAAAAAAGAGGAACAAAAUGAGGAGAAAAAAGACGAAAUUGGGCAAAAGGCGGCGGGGGAGGGGCCCGAGGAGCCCCCGAAAGAGCCCAAGGAUGAUUUGGAGGAGCUGAACCCCCCCGGACCCCCCGACCCGGACGGGCUGUUCCUGAAUGAGGAUGAUGAGGAUGAGGAUGAGGAUGGUGAUGAGAACAGGGAUGAGGAUGAGGACAGGAACGGGGUUGAGUUGAGGACAACUUUGGGAUGA